AUGCUUCUCCCCACUCUUCUCCUAACUAUUCUAUGUUCCCUAGUCUACUCCGACCCGGUUUACAUAGAAGUUAAAAUUCACUGCAAUAUUCCCUAUAAAAAGUGAUGUGCUACACUCCAACUACAUGAAGAGGAUACGACCAUUCUAGGACACGACUUAUUGGCUCGAGAAUAUUUUUGUUCGUCGGAGAAUUGGCAGAGGUCCAACUACACCGUGUACCCUAGUGGAGACGCCCCCACGUCUGAAUACGAGUUCAUUUACUCAUUGAUUCAUGAUUGUUCUACGGACGGGAAAUUGUAUUGCACCAAGUCUUCCCAAUCUACAGAUGUCAGUGUGUCCGGAGUGCAACACGUAAAGUUCGGCAUUGAAGCUGACGAAAUAAGACGACCAGGUGAAUGUAUUUAA